AUGAACGUCGAGCAUCGUGCCCCUCCCGCACAGCAGCAGCAGCAUCAAAACUUACAGCACGGCCAAGUUGCUCCACACCAGCAAGAAUCCAUCUUGCCUGAUGCUGUGUUGCCAGAUAUUGGUAUAACUUCCAACACUGUUUCGACAGCUCCGGAACCAGUGAACACAGGGUCCUCGUUGCCAGAACAGGCAAGAAACUCGCCAGAAAUUGAUUUGAGUGGCACGGAUUUUGCCCAGUCUACAACCGAUUCUGCCGUGCCCAGUAAUCUCCCAUCUACGAGAACAUCCUCGGAACAGACGCCGCAGGUUGAAAUGCUGCCACCAGUGAAUAUUAUGAAUAUUCCGCCACCAGCGCAACUCAGUGCACCGCACUCUGGUUCUAAUAGCACUGCAGCGCCACCACCUCCAUCUGUUACACCUGCGGCAACAGCUGUGCCGUUGUCCGGAAUUCCUCCAGCUGCAGUCCCCUCUCCAGCUAGAAUCCCUCCAGAAACAGACCGACCAUUGUACAAAAACCCUGUAGAACCAUUGCCACCAUCUUCCAACAUUCUACCUGUCGCAACGCCUCCACCGCUUCAGAUUCCUCCCGAAGCAACACCGUCGUCUGCCGGAAUUCUGUUAGAAACAGUUCCACAGUCUUCAGCAGUAUCUCUGGAAACAUCUUCGUCUUUAUCUGAAAUUUCUUCGGGAUCAGCUCCUGUUCCACCGCCUAAUUUUCAUCCAUCAUCAAAUCCUUCGUCUCCUGGUGCCCCUCCAGAAACUACAGACCGAUCAUCAGCACCAGCAGUACAGCUCGAACCCGAAUCAGUGUCUUAUUCACCACCAACACAUUCACCACCUUCACCGCAUGCAUCGGCCACUUUGUCUUCGCAGCCAUCAGCCGAUGCUACUUCGCCAGUACCGUCAGCUUAUUCGUCGCCACCGUCAUCCGUUUCAGCUCCUUCCAGUGCUGAACCAGUACCACCACCAGCAGUUCAGGUUACUGCAGCACCACCGCAGCACACUUCAGCCAUACCAACUGUGACACCUUCACCCACCGCUGCCAGUUUGUCACCUGCACCAGCUGUAGCACCUGAUACAACGAAUUUGGCUGCACAGAGACAAGAUACAAAGCAAGCAACCAACGAAGCAGCAUCGAUUCCUUUAGCGCAUGAGGUACCACCAGUCGCAUCGGCGGAUGAACGCGUACCACCUCCAGAUCCUGUUCCAUCAGCCAUUGAAAGUCGGUCAGCAUCUCAAGCAGCAGAGACCCAGCAACGAAAGGUACGCUAA